GCUCAUCCAGGCUUUGUUUGAUAUUCCUGGUUCGAGGCACAGUUCAGGGUCCAGCCCGCAUUGGGGGAGGAGACUCAGAUGACCGAGGAGGACGUGGAGAGGUAUGCCCGCGGCUUCCUCAUGUUCCUGUUCGGGACUACUAUCUUCGCCGACCGGGCGAACACCGUGCCUCUCUGCCUUCUCAGUGCACAGGUGGACGUCCGAGAUAUUCUGCACUACGAUUGGGGCGGCGCUGCUCUGGCCACCUUGUACGGAUAUAUGAGCUCGGCUUCUCGUGGCAGCGGCCAGCUGCUUGGAGGUUACUGGCGGGCUUGGGAGUUGUGGGUUUACGCCUACUUUCCUAGGCUUGCACCCGUGCCAGUCGCGGAGCCUCCUCCGGUUGUCCCGUUCUCGAGUCGCUUCGACGGGAGAUGCACCCGGCGACCACGGGAGACAUUUGGCUUCUUCCGCCGAUAUUUUGACACCAUCACCCCGGCCGAGGUAUGCUUUACUUUCAGUUCAUUUAGCUUCGCUUUCCCACUGCAUAUUUCAAUAACAGUAGAUAACAAACUGUCUGUCAUUUUCAGAUCACAUGGCGACCAUAGGCUUCCCUGCCGUCGGCGAUACGGGGUCGGUUCCCUGGUGCUGAGGAGACCUCGCGUUUCCGGAUCUUGCUGGAGGGCCCGGUCUGUCGGGCUUGGUACCUGGGGGAGCGUUUUCUACGCCAGACCCGCGGGUUACCUGAGCAGAUAGUCCCGGCUCACCCUCCUGCAGAGAUGAGGGAGACCGAGGGGCUGACCCCUGAGCAGCUGGAUGAUUACUCCAUCGGCUGGGAGGAGGCCGGCUUCCGAGGCACCGGCGACUAUCAGGAG